GGCGCCUUCUAGCUCUCCUCGAAUCUGUCUCUGAUUGCUUGAGAUCCUUGACAGUCUCUUACAUUAUUGUCGGCGCUUUCUGUCUUCUCUAGAAGCUCGACUGCGGUGGCAUUAACUUAUAGACCAUGGAAUCGGGGGAACCGUCACAGUCGCUGUAUCGCCCCGAUGCUCGACCGACCGCGAUACGGGUCGACAUCGUAAAGUCGGAGGAUCAGGAAGCUCAGUUGUCCCCUGCCUCCUCCCUUGCGUCCCCGGCCACACCGUCUGAGGUUGGCCCCGCCGGAAGGAGAUUUGCCUCUUGUUCGCCUGAAAUGGCUUGCCCUCCCGAGCCUAGCAGGGGCCCCAGAAAAUGCAAGAGCGCGACGUCAAUCAAGGGAGACCGAGAGAAGCGCAAACGAUCUCGCGUUACUCAGGACCAGCUCGUGCAUUUGGAACAGUUCUUUGCUGAAGACCGGAUCCCGACCGCCGCUCGUCGGAAAGAGAUCAGUCAGUUCCUGGGCAUGCAAGAGCGACAGACGCAGAUCUGGUUCCAGAACCGGCGUGCCAAAGCCAAAUUACAGGACAGCAAGAAGGCCCAGCGAGAUGAACUCUCGGAAAGGUUUCCGGACUCGCCACCAGACCUGCGUUCGGCCGAAGAGCACCAACUGGAGAGCGUCAUCCACGAGGACGAAGCCAUUACCAUCAUUCCAUGCAUGGAACUUAACAUCGGCUGGUGGCGACGGAUAGCAAAUGCCGGCGGCACGCCCGACUUGGUGGCGUAUAUCUGCGAGGGUCGGAGGUGCCUGACGUGGUUCGUCCACACUUCUGAUCGCGGGUUCAAGAUUGAAAUCCCCUUCGACUCGAUCGUGGACUCGCAAUUCAGUACAGCGGCCCCCGGUACAGCCAUCGCGUCCUUUUUCUUAUCGCAAGCGCCGCUGUUCUUUACAGAAAACGUGCUCGCGCCGACGGGUCCAGCAGGGGCGUCGCCGGUUCGAUCCUGGCAGGCGUCCACUGAUUGGACCGAGGGCAUGCAGGCCUCGUCCAACCUCAGGCAUGACCUCGUCGGCUCCGUCGCCGUCCUGGCCAAUCUCGUGCGCAGGUUCCACAUGAGCUCGCCUGGCUCAGGGAUACAGCUCACUGCCCCUUAUGGUGUUCCCGACGAGUCGGCGCCGCAGUCUGCGGUGGCGCCCGCAAUAGCUGACGCGCCCUCUGCUGGCGACUUGCAUCACGAGGAGACGCCAAGGCCCGAAUACGCCGGUCGCACUCGGAAACGGUCCUUCUCUGGCCCGCCGAUACUUAGUGCCUCGCUGUUCGAGCUAAGUCCAGGUGUGCCCCAAUCUGCCCCUCAACAUCUCGACCCUCGUGUCAGUGCUCUGCUGGGCCCCCCGUCGACCUCCUCAUCGUUAUCUUCCCCGCGUUCCCAGUACUCUCGCGGCUCGCCGUACUCUUCGACGUACCAUACUCCUGUGACCCCGGACUAUCCACUUCCCGGCCAUGGGGCGGAAGGCCCGUAUCACUGCUCGAGCGACGGCUCGUGCAGUGCACCUCAGGUGGUAUCCCCUAUCUCGCCUCCUGACAAUUCCUUCUUCUCCGGUCACCGCGGCUCCUACGACUCGCACGCGGGAUUAGGCACCCUGUCUUCGCUAUCUAUGGACCCAUAUUCGCAUGUGGCAGCGCAUCCGCCGUCUUCGCCCAUCCUCACGACGCCAUUACAUUGGGCUCCCCGUGGUCUGGCCCCCGAUGUUCACUGCGGAUCUGUGUACGAUGAGCCUGCCUUUGUCGAGCCAUUGGCAGCGCACCCUCCCGAUCCCGAUCCCGCCUCUCCAUACUGGACGUCCCACUAUGUCCAGUAUCAGAAUAGCCAGUAGUAAAUUCCUGCUCGGCCAUCGACGCUGCGCUCUAUCUCCUCCUUACAUUACAUGCCGGCUGUGCGGCUAUUUAUGCUUUGCAUCCACCUCCCCCACGCUUGACGCAGUGGCCUCAACAUCUCGCAUUGUCGCAUUAUAUGAUUUACUCUACUCGAGCACCACCAGCAUCGCGCAUAUGCCGUCUGCACAUAUUAUCCUCAACUUCUGUGAAUACUUUACCGCUUGGCUAUACGUCGCCCACAUUUUAUCUUACCUUGGUUCACUCGUAGUCCACAUGGCUUAUUUAUGGCUAUUGCUCUUAUUGUAUCGGGCACUGUAAUCGUAGACCAUCCUCGCCGUAUGCAUCAUAUUGGCCCGCUCGGGCUGACUGGCGGUCCAUUUAUUCGUUACUCAAUCACGAUGUUGACGUACCAGCCG